AUGAAUGAUAUAACCAGAAAUGGUUUUGUGGCAUUUGAUUCGAGUAUCAUGGAGGAGGUCUUGGUCACUGGAAUCGUCUUGUGUUUCUUAGCAGAUUCGCCCAUGCACGCCGAGAUCACCAAUACACCAAAUCCUGGAACUUCGUUGAAUCCAUGUCGAAUGUGCACUUUACAUGCAGAGGGGAAGGAUAAGAGGAAUACACCUGAGUUUGUUCAACAAUUUUUGAUGAUAAACCCUGAUGGAUCAGAGGCAACAGGAAAAGAAAGAAAUUGGAUUGAUACAAAAGAGAAAACUUACGACUUAUAUUGUGCGGCAAUGGAAGAAAGUAAUGCAGAGUUUGUUCGGAGGAAACUCAAAUAUGGUCUUACAGAAUCACGAAACACCCGGUUUUUGACAGAAGCAAAAAAAAACUUACGAAUCCGAGAACUGAUGGAAAAACUUGAAGAAAAGGAACCAGAAAGCUUGUUCAAUUCCUUUUUGGAGCUUGAAGGAUUUGAUGGUGUUCAGGAUACCCCUGUUGAAAUUUUACACGUGGUUCUUCUUGGAAUUGUCAAAUAUCUGGCAUGCGAUAUGGGGAAGAAUCUGACCGAAACGCAGAAAGACGAAUUUGUUGGGCGGAUUCAAUCAUUCAACACUCAAGCCUUGGAUAUUCCACCAAUAAAUGCUAAUUCGAUGAUGAAACAUAUCAAAAGCUUAGUUGGAAAAGAAUUCAAGGUUCUUGUCCAAGCAGCUCCUUUCACCUUCUUCCAAUUUCUCAGCCCUGAACGCAAAGCAAUCUGGACGGCCGUUUGUCAACUAGUACCUUUUAUUUUUAUUACGAAGAUUGAAAAUAUGCAAGAGUAUAUAACCCGGCUCAAGAUUUAUAUCAAGAAUUUCCUGUAUCACGCCAUCCGAACUACUGCACAAUGGGUCAACAAACCAAAAUUUCAUCACCUUAAACAUCUUCCUGAAUCAAUCAUCCGAUUUGGAUCAGCAAGUCUAUGUUCUACAGAGAAAUUUGAAUCUUUCAACGGAAUCUUACGAAACGCAUCAAUCCACUCAAACAAGCAGAGCGCUGGGCGAGAUAUAGCUAUAACUUUUAGUAACUAUUAUUCAGACAGAUUUCUACUCUCUGGUGGUUACAUUUAUGAUCAUUCAACUCAAACUCAUUCUACGGCCUCCCAAGAUGUCCUCAACGUCUUUCAGAACAACGAAGUAAUCCGCAAGUCUUUGGGUUACAGCUUCCAGGCAUCAAACCCACUUCCACCUCAAGAAUUUCCAUUCGUAAAGAAAGUCAAUGUCAUUUUGGAGGAUCAGCUUGAAGUCCCUCAACAAUUGAUUGAACAUUGCUCCAGCCACAACAUAAGACAAGUCAGUCAAGUUCAACUCAACAAACAUGAUGUUCUUGAGAAAGGAUACUUUGUACUUAUUCAAUGCCAUGGCUCGGAAUUGCUUGUUGGAUCUGUCAAAUCUUUAUGGGAAUUUCACUCAAGAGCAAGAUCAAAGUUCUAUAUUCAUUUCAACCAAUUCAAACUCAUGGGAAUGAAUGAAUUGUAUUCAAUGAGGGAAAUAUGUAGGACAACAACUACAAAUUAUUUUAAUGUGAUAGGGGAGAUGCCCAACCAAGAGGACCAGACCAGCAAACAUUGA